AAAACAAAAAAUAAGAAACAAAAGAAAGGAACAAGAAAGAAACACUCUUAGCAGAGAUCGAGCUUAUUAUACACGAAGAAGCAGAGACCAAAAUUUUCAUACAAAAAUUUCACAGAAAAUAAAAAUUAAAUAAAAAAAGAAAAUAGAGAGAGAGAAAAAAAUCGAAGAAGCUUCGAAGAUUCGAAAUCAGCAAGUGAAGAAGUUCGAGAUUUCAAUUCAAUUUUUCUGAACUUCGCCAAGUGAUCUCGGAAUUAUUCAAAGUUUGGAGCUUUUGGGGUUUCACGAAGCAAUGAGGUUUUUGAAAUUGGUGCAAGUGAUGUAAUGUUCGCUGAAACGCAAGCUUAGAUUUUUUGAAGCUUUGGUUUGAUUUUUCGAACUUAGGGUUUUGAUUUGGUGUGUAAUUUGUUGAAUUGGCUUUGAAUUAAGGGGUUUUGUGAUCUGGGUUAGUGUGAUUUUUUUGGGGUUUGAUUUUUAGGGUUUUGUGGUUUGGGGGAAAUUGAGAUUUGGUGUUGCAUUGUGUUUGAAAUUGGGGCAUAAGGGUGGCUUUAUUCAUGUUCAAAAUUGGUUCUUUAGGUUGGGUUACUGUUAUUAGAAUGAUUUGUGUGUAUUUUGGUAGUUUGUAUUUGCAGAGUUUAUGGUGGUUGAUUUGUUUUCAGUCAUGUAGGAGAGGGUAAUUUUUGGGUUAUUUGGAAGUGUAAUUGGAAUAAAUUGAGGUUUUUGGUGUGUGGGUUGUUUUUUGAUUUUGUUGGAAUUUGUAUGAGAAAUGCAACCCCAACAGAGCUCGAGAAUUGAUUUGGGCGAGUUGAAAGUACAGAUUGUAAAGAAGAUUGGACCGGAUAAGUCGAAGCGAUACUUUUAUUACCUUAACAGGUUUUUGAGUCAGAAGUUGAGUAAGAGUGAGUUUGAUAAGUUAUGUUUUCGGGUACUCGGGAGGGAGAAUCUUCCGUUACACAAUCAUUUUAUAAAGUCGAUUUUGAAGAAUGCCUUGCAAGCCAAGACCCCACCGACAGUUCAUCCAUCGGAUUCGUCCAAAUCAGGAGCACGUGUUACUAAUUUGUCGCCUGGUGGAGAAGAUGGGCAUGAACAGAGUGCUGCCAGCUUUCAAAAUCACAACGCUUCCAUUUGGACCAAUGGAGUUUUGCCUGUGUCCCCACGCAAGUUACGGUCUGGAAUGCGUGAUCGCAAGCUUAAAGACAGACCGAGUCCACUUGGACCAAAUGGUAAAGUUGAUUCUGUUGCUCAUCAAUAUACAGCGACAGAAGACAGUGGUAGUAAGGUUGACAUGGAGAAUGGAACUCUUACUCCAUGUGAUUAUCAGCGACCAACUCAGCAUCUUCAAGUAGUUUCUGAGCUACCUGAGAUUGUUAUGGGUGAUGGUAUGCAGGGAAUUUCAGAAAAUCAAAGAAUACGUGGCAAAGGGCUGACUGAAAGAUCAACCGUGGAAGAUGGAGAGGAGGCCGAGCAAUUAAACCGCCUCAAUUUCGCCAGAAAUCCAUUGAUAGCACCACUGGGGAUUCCUUACUGCUCUGCAAGUGUGGGUGGGGCCCGGAAAGCAUUGCCGGUGAAUAGCGCUGGUGAUUUUGUUAGUUGUAGUGACAGUGGUAGAUUAUCUGAUACAGAUACGCUGAGAAGACGCAUGGAGCAGAUUGCAAUGGUACAGGGUCUUGGAGGUGUUUCUCCAGAAUGUGCAAGUGUGUUGAAUAGCGUGUUGGAUGUAUACUUGAAACGAUUGAUCAAGUCUAGUGUUGAUUUAGUGGGAGCUAGAUCUGCAAAUGAGCCGACAACAACAAAGUUCCCAGUCUCAAAGCCGCAAAUUCCGGGGAAACUCAUCAAUGGCAUGUUGCCAAAUCAUCAUUUACAUGUGCAGAGUGCUGGUAGGUUGGCUGAAUCUGAACCCGAACACAGAUCUCAGUUCUCGGUAUCUUUGCAUGAUUUUAAAGUUGCGAUGGAGCUAAAUCCAAAGCAACUUGGAGAAGAUUGGCCACUGCAAUCGGAGAAAAUUUCGAUGCAAUCUUUUGAGAAAUAACAGAUCAGUUAAGAUUUUUUUUUCUUUUUCAUAAGCAAAGAUGGAUCUGGAUCUGAUGGCUCACCAGUACUUGAUGAUUAUCUGUGUACUUGACUCUGAUCUUAUUAUGAGGACGAACCAGAUGACUCCCAAACGGGAAUUUCUAGCCCUUCCAGGAUCAAAUGCUGGUUUCGAGCUUUCAAAUGUUUUACAUCCGCGAUAUGCAGAUCAUGGAUGUAACCGAUAUAUAUUUAACUGCAACCAAGGGUAUUAUCAAAUGAAGCCCAGGAUUGGUUGCACUGUUGUAUGUUAGCAUUGAUAUUGGCUGUAUUGUUGCUAUUGCAAAAGAUCUCAAGGCUUUUGUUUGCAUUACUGCCAAUGACCAGACAUAGAAAAAGUUUUGCAGGGAUACUAUUGUGUAGCUGGGAUCAAGGGACUGUGACAUGUAUAAGAGCUGAAGGGUUGCUCUGUAUGUAAUUUUAGAAUAUGAUGAUUAAUUGAAAUUCGAUAUUAAUAACAAGUCAAGAUCUAUUGAAUCCUUGAUGAUAUUGAUAUCAGUUUUAUGGUUGAAUUCCAUGGCCCCAAGUUAGAACAAUAUCUGUAGUUUUUUUUUUUACUUUAUUCAUAAUGUAGAUCUGUAAGUUAAUGUCUCUUCUAGUUCAAAUAGCUUUGGUGACAAUAAAUGAAUUUCUUGUCAUAUAUUGUACCAUUAAAUUUUGGUAUCAAUUUAAUAUACAA